AUGACCGUCGCUGGUGCGAAUCCGAACGAUAUUCUCGUGCCGCUGAAAGGUCGGAAGUUUCGACUCGGCGUGAAUGAGUACAAGCUGGUCGAUGCGAUCGCCACCGGACCGUUCUCAUCGGUGUUUCUCGUCGAGCGCGAUGGACACGCGUACGCAAUGAAGGUGGAAUCGCAGAAUGGAUGCCUAAGGCCUGUAUUGAAGCUCGACCACGCCGUGCUGGUCCGUCUCGGCGGUCAAAAGGGAUUCCCGAAGCUUUUGGAUUCCGGUCGAACCGACGACUUCAAAUAUGUGGUCAUGCAAUUGGUCGGUCCCGAUCUCACGAUGCUUCUCGAGUUUAUGCCCGACUAUCGGUUCACACCGUCGACGAUCUACAAAAUUGCGCUGCAGACGUUGGAGCGCCUCAAGACCCUUCAUGACGCCGGAUGGCUGAAUCGCGAUGUGAAGGCCCAAAAUUUUGCGGUCGGCCUCGGCGAAGACAGCUCGACCGUCUACAUGCUUGAUUUCGGCUUGACGCGCCGAUUUGUCGAUCGCGACGGUCGUCGAUUUUUGCUGCGCGGCUGGGGACCAUCGGUCGGCACGUUUCCCUACGCGCCGCUCUCGUCGCUCGGAUUUCAUGAUCAAACGCCGGCCGACGAUAUUGAAGGUUGGCUCUACAUGGUGGUCCAUAUGCUCAAAGGACUACCGUGGCACAAUCGCGACCGCCAAUUGAAUCUCGCGAAAGUGCGCGAAUGGAAAAUGUAUUGUCGGCGAGCCGGCGGACGCCGACAAUUGUUCAAAGGCAUCCCGCGCGGGUGGGCCGACAUUUUUGAUGUGAUCGUCAAAACCGCUGUUCACGAGCGACCCGACUACAACCGAAUCUCGAAUAUGAUAGUGGCGAUUGCGCACAACGAGCAAAUCAAUUUGACCGAGCCGUUCGACUGGCAGACGAAUCCGGUGCUUCGCUCGUUGGUGCGACUCGGACCAUUGAGUUGCGACGAGCUCACGUGCUCGAUGGCCGUCUCGCCGAAAAUGAUGAUGUCCGCUAGGAAAGUUUCGCCGACUUGA